AUGCUGAGGCGCACCUUUGCGCCCAGCCUACCCUCCGGCUCAGCUUACGAGCUUCUCCCCACUGACGGCGGCGAACGGCCCCGCGUUCGUGUACCUCACAUCCAAGUCCACGAUGCGGACGAGCACCCGCUACCCUCGACAGCCCAGCUCGCUACCCUCCGACGCGUCCCAGGCCGGGUACCCAUGACAGCGUACACGCUGGCCCUGGUGGAACUGGCCGAGCGCGCGAGCUACUACGGCGUCGGCGGCGUGUUCACCAACUUUAUACAACGGCCCAUGCCAGAGGGGAGCACGACAGGAGCACCAGUAGAUGGGAACGGGACACCGGGUGCGCUCGGCAUGGGUCUGCGCGUUGCCACGGCCUUGAGCACCCUGUUUACGCUCAUGGCGUUCACGACACCGCUCGCCGGCGGCGCGUUGGCCGACAUGCGCUGGGGAAAACUCCCGACCAUUGCGUUCGGGACAGUGCUCGCGGGUGUCGCGCACAUCUUGAGUGUUUAUGCUGCUCUCCCCUCGGUCCUCCAGGGCGACGCGUUCACACCUUUCCUGUCCUCCCUCAUCCUCCUGGGGGGCUCGGCGGGGCUCAUCAAGGCCAACAUUGCCCCGCUCAUGGCGGAGCAGUACGUGGCAGACGACUACAUCGACGAGCUCCCCACAGGCGAAAAGGUCAUUGUGGAGAGGGAAGCGACGGUCCAAAAGAUCAUGGCGGCAUACUACCACUCGAUCAACAUUGGCGCCUUUAUUGCAGUCACCUCGACGUUUGCCGAGAAAUACGUCGGGUUCUGGCUCGCAUUCCUGAUACCAGGGGCAAUCUUCUUCCUCAUGCCUCCCGUCCUGCUCGCAGUCCAACCACACCUCCGGCCCCCGGUCGCGCCUUCCUCCACGGCCGUGUUGGACGUGUAUCAUUUCGCCCGCCGCGCACAUACGUCCAAACACGACGAGGACACCGAUGUCCGCCAGGUGUUCCAGGUCAUCAAGCUGUUCCUGUUCUUCACAGUGUACAACGUCGCUGAUGGAGGGUUGAAUUCGCUCAUGACGAGUCUAGCGGGGAGCAUGACCACGAACGGCGUACCGAACGACUUUCUGGAGAAGGCUAACCCCCUUGCAAUCGUCCUCUCCAUCCCCAUCCUCAACAAGAUCGUCUACCCAUACCUCAACGCACGACGAAUUGCGUUCGGCCCCAUCCGGCGUAUUGUGUUUGGCUUUGGGCUCGCAGCCUUGGCGAUGGCCUGGUGCGCCGUGUUGCAGUACAAGGUGUACCACACCUCGCCGUGCGGGUACGAGUCGACGACGUGCGAUGGCGUGUCCCCGCUGUCGGCGUGGCUCGUCCUCCCCGCGCCGCUCCUCACCGGUCUCUCAGAGAGCAUCGCCGUCGUCACGGCCAUGGAGCUCGGAUACACCAUGAGCCCUCCGGGCCUGAAAUCCAUCGUCACCGCCGUCUUCCUCUUCAUGCAAGCUACGGGCGCCGGUGUGGUGUUGCUGUUCCUGCCGCUUAUGCACGAUCCGGCGCUCGUGUGGCCGUUUGCCUUGACUGCAGUUGGCACGCUCGCGGCAGGAUACGCCGUGUGGCGCCUGUUCAAACACAUAGACUCUCCCCUUGCCCAGGAGACAUUUUGA